AUGUCUCAGCAGUUCGACUUCACCAGCGCUGGCGCUGAGUUCGAUGACUCUGGCUUCUUCACCCAGAGUGACGCUGGCAAUGCAUUUGUGGACUCACUUCUUGAGUUCACAGCUUAUGGUGACGGCUACAAUGCUUUCACAGAUGUUCAGCAGAAUGCGGAGGAAGAGUGGGAGGACGAGGUGGACGAGGGGAAUGUAUUCUUCAAUCAGGCUUUUGAGCCUACCUUCGAGCAGCAGAGCGACUUCGAAGAUAACUUGGCUACUACAUCACCUUCCCCUUCUCUCGCGUCUCCAACCCCUUCGGCUUCGGCUUCGGCUUCGGAGGCCCUCAGCGAUGAUUCGGCCAUCUCUCUUUCUAACUCGCUGGACGAUGUUGGCGCCAUCAUCCUCAAUAACAGCCUUUGCGCCCCUCUUGCAACUUUGACAACCGCCAACUACACACCAGACCCUUCUGUCCUCACUGCAGUACCCGAGGCUACCCCCGACCCCACCGCCAUCUACGAUCCCCUAACCACCCUCCAUUUUCGCACCUCUGCCAACGCAAAGGCACACCGUCGCCGCGCUCGCCUUCCGCCCAAGUCUCAAGCUCUCGAUGUCGCACGCGUCAAGCACUAUGGUCGCGACUACUGGGUGCGUCGCAUCUACAACGCCAUGAUCGACAUUCGCUAUAUCACCGAUGGCGACUCCUCCAUCCACCGCGCCCGCUUCACCCAAACCCGAGCCUUCCACGCGCUCGACCUCGAAGCUACCGCACACCACAUCUUCGACGAAGCCAUUGCUGUCCAUGAGCGCGGCUGGAUCCGCCCCACCGUGUACCACAAGAAGGUCGUGCGCGGCAAGUUGAUCGACCUCAGCGAGAACUCGCUGGAAAUGCGGCUGUCCAGGAUUUGUCUGUGUCUGCAGCAGAAGAAGAGCAGCGUUGAUGAUGCGAUUCGUGGCGGUGUGACGCUGGCGCUGCUGUGCGAUAAUCCCGAAGCGAGGAGCUUUACUAAGGCGAGUAAUGAUGUUGGGAAUAAGAAGAGGGGUAUGCGGUUGAAGGAGACGAGUACGAAGGAGAAGGCGAAGAAGAAGGCGCAGGUGGCGCAGGCGCAUCAGCAGGAUGCGAAAGUCCAGGUAGAGGGUGUUCCGAGAGCCCAUGAUGUUCGGGAGCAGGUCGGAGUUCGAGAGGAGUAGCUGAGGCGCUGGUGUUGGCAGCGGUGAUCAUUUCGAGCGUUCUUGCGAGAUACAGUCUU